UGAACAGAGAGAGAGGGAGAGCUAAGCAAAAUACCCUUUUUCCCAACAAACUCCAUUUGAUCCAUAAUUCACCAAACUAGGGUUUUUCAGGUCUUGGAUUCAUAAAAAAUAAGGGUUUCCUAAGGUUUUGAGGAUGGAGAAGAUUUGUGUUAUGGUGAGGGUGAGGCCUCUGGAUCCAUCAGAAGAUCCCAAAGAGUGUCCGUGGACGAUCUCUGGCAAUUCCAUCUCCCUUCGAAAUCAAACUACGAAGUUCGAGUUCGAUAGGGUAUUUGGUGAGGAAUGCAAGAAUGUUGAUAUCUACAAAGCUAGAACCAAAGAUAUUGUUGCUGCGUCUGUGCGUGGCUUCAAUGGCACUGUUUUUGCUUAUGGACAAACUGGUAGUGGAAAGACUCACACUAUGCGCGGAACAACUGCUGAACCUGGUGUUAUUCCUCUUGCUGUUCGCGAUUUAUUUCGUUUUGUAGAGGAGGAUGGGGAUAGAGAAUUUCUUCUUCGGAUGUCAUACAUGGAAAUAUACAAUGAGGAAAUCAAUGAUUUGUUGGUUCCAGAGCAUCGGAAACUUCAAAUUCAUGAAAGUCUUGAGAGAGGAAUAUUUGUUGCUGGGUUGAGAGAAGAAAUUGUUGCCUCCCCAGAACAGGUUCUCGAGUUUAUGGAAUUUGGGGAAUCUCAUCGUCACAUUGGAGAAACAAACAUGAACCUUUAUAGUAGCAGAUCUCAUACAAUAUUUCGUAUGAUAAUAGAAAGCAGAGAUAGGACCGAAGAUGGCGAUGUUGGUAGUCUGUGUGACGCUGUCCGUGUGUCUGUUCUUAAUUUAGUGGACUUAGCUGGAUCGGAACGGGUUGCAAAGACUGGCGCAGAAGGCGUGCGCUUAAAGGAGGGUUCUCACAUAAAUAGAAGCCUUAUGACUCUUGGAACUGUCAUCAAUAAGCUCAGUGAAGGCACUGAGAGCCAAGGGGGCCAUGUCCCUUACCGUGACAGCAAGCUUACCCGCAUUUUGCAACCAGCACUGGGUGGAAAUGCAAAUACUGUUGUUGUUUGUAAUAUCACCCUUGCUCAGAUCCAUGCAGAUGAAACAAAAGGCAGUCUCCAAUUUGCAAGCAGAGCAUUGCGUGUCAUAAACUGUGCACAUGUGAAUGAGAUUCUAACGGAUGCAGCAGUAUUAAAGCGCCAAAAGAAAGAGAUUGAAGAGCUCCGAGCAAAAUUGCAGGGUGGUUCGAAUUCAGAGCAUUUUGCAGAAGAAAUCCUGAGUUUGAGAAAUACUCUAUUACAGAGUGAACUUGAGAGGGAGAGGAUAGCUUUGGAGUUGCAGGAGGAGAAGAAAGCGCAAGCCCAGCGAGACAGGAGGUUACAGGAACAGGAAAAGAGAAUAGCAAACUUGAGCACAAUUGUUUUAAAUUCUGUCCGGGAUGAGAGGGACAAUUGUAUUAAAAAGAAUAAAAGGAGGGAGACAUGGUGCCCCAGUGCCCUUUCCAGCCAAUCUCUAGGAAGGGACUCCGAUACAUCCUUGAAGGCUAUCAUGGAGGAUCCCCUUGAUGAGAAGAUAUUGCACUCUUUUGAAGAACUCGUGGAUGAAAUUGAAGAUAGGAAGAAUGUUCUUCGUAAUGCUACAUGUGGGCCCGUGAGUAAGGCCAAUGGUGAUCCAUUGGAUGGUUGCACUCUUCCUGAUCAAAAUGCUCUAUGUCAUGUUACAAGUAGGAAAAAGCGAUCCUCUCAAAAGCUAGACUCACCCAUGGAAAAUAGGAACUUGGAAACGAUACAGGAAAAUGAUGAUGAAUUGCUUCUGGAAUUAGAAAAUCAGAGAACAAGAAAGGAUUUUACAAUGGAGAAUCUGACAAAAAGAUUAACAGAUCCAGAAACAAAUUCUGUUGUUCCUGGUCUAGGUGCAAAAAGCUUGACCGCAAGGGAAUCAGAAGCGAUUUUGGUGAUCAAGCAACUCCAGGAUCAGAUAACAAUAUUGGAAUUAGAAAAAACUUCGAUGCAAAGGAACCUUGAUGGGCUUGUGGAAUUAGCCACAGAACAGACUUCUAAUGCAAGAGAACAGUAUGAUGAGGUCUAUCGAGAACUUGUUGAUGCGCAUGAUGAGGUUGAAAGGGCUCGACAACAGCUUCCGUCAACUGCUCUACCAGUUGUAACAGAGGAUGAAUGCAACCAAGAAGCUGAACUUUGCAAAGAAACAGAAGGAAUCAUAUCUGAAUUUCAACAUAUGGGGAGCACCAUCUCUAGUGCUUUUUCCUUGAUGGAUGAUGUUCUUCAGACUGUUCCUACUGUUUUGAACAUUUUCUCGGACCUCAAGUCAUCCGCAUAUCAAAGUAUUCUGGAUCUCAAGGGGAGACAUGGUGACCAUGAGGGCAUGUUUAAAUCAUUGACAACUAAAAUUGAAGAGCUUGAGGAAGAAAAGUACGUACUGCAUAAUAAGUCUAUUAGUCAACAAAAGAAAAUUGAGGAACGAGAAUUAAAACUUCAAAGCUCGGAAAAUGCUCUAAUGUGGUGUCAGGAGCGAGUUUCAGAGAAAGAUGAAUUUCUGACUCAAAUUUCUAGGCUAGAGAAAGAAAUAGCUAGCCUGUCUUCUUCUUAUUUGGUCAGGGACAAAGAGGCUCUCAGAAAAGACUUUGAAAAAACAAAAAUGAAGUUGAAGGAUACUGAUGCCAAGUUAAAGAACAGUAUACAGGAACGAAGUAAACUCGAGGCUGAAAAAGCUAACAUGGAAAGGGAGCUAAAGCAUUUGUAUAAUCAGAGGAAUCUCCUGGACCGUGAUAUUUCCAAGCGUGAGUCCCUUGCUGAUAGGAGGAGGGAAUCAAAGACAUUUGAGAUGAGUAAGGGAAAAAAUCAAGUUGGCCAGAUUGAGCAAGCCUUGCAGUUGAAAAACAUGGAACUUGAAAGAAUGAGUUUUGAUUUAGAAAUCCUUGAAGGGGAACGUAGCAAGUUGGAAACCCAUACAUUUGAGUUGGAGGAGAGGAUUGCUUCUUUGGAAGGAGAACUCUUUGUUGCAAAUGAAGAAAAAGAAGCAGUAUUACUCCAAAAUGCUGAGCAAGCUUCUGAAUUGGAGGCUACCAUAGGCAAGCUAAAAAUGGCAAAUUCACAAUUGAACGCAUUACAAGAAGAAAUUCAAUCCGUGAUGAAGAAGUUGGGGGAAUCUGAGGAAUGUUAUAGAAAGAUGGAAAGCUCAAUCACUACUUUGUCCACAGAAAAAGAAGAAAUGGCACUACAACUUACAGAUGCUUUAGUGAAAAUUGAGGAAGAAAGAGCAAUUUGGUUGGCCAAUGAGAGAGUUUUUAUUGACUCUAUCACAGAAAACUCUAAACACAUGGAUGCGAAGAUCGCCUUAUUAUUAAAAGAGAUUCUGGAGAUGACAAAUGAACUGGAGAAUUGUAAAGUGGAAUGUGAGGCACUGAGAGGAAGAUUGUCUGUUGCAGAAGCAAAAAUGGAUCAUGAGAAAAGUUCCAGCAUGGCUAUGUUUUCAGAAGUAGAGCGAUUGAGGAAUGAACUCUUAGAGGCUGAAACUGCAAGUUCUCGAGAGCAAGAUGGGUUGAAGUCACAUUUAAAUGCACUAACAUCAGAGCAUGAGCAUGUUUGUCAAGAACUGAGCCAGUUGAAGACUCAGUUAAAUGAUGCUGAAAGAGACAAAAAUAUGUCUACUCAAAUUAAAGAGCUCACUACAAGACUGGACCUGUCAAAUAACUCCAAGUUGGAUCUGGAGAGGCAACUCACUAAUUUAGAACACGAAAGACAUAAAUUGCUGGCUAGAAAUGAUGAGCUCAACACAAUUUUUUUGGAGAUGGAGAAGAAAGUUGCUUCCAGUGAUGAGAGCUUAAAACAGAGUGAUGAUUCCAGGUUAAAGUCUAAUUCAGAUGCGGAGGCACUAAGUGAACGAGUUUCUACAUUGGAAACGGAAAUAAGUGAUAUUAAAGUGAACUUCAAUAAAGAGAGUACAAAGCUCCGGAUGAGGCUGAGAAUGACACAGGCAAAGUUGGAUGCCUUUCGAGGCAAACAUAGAGAGGCAGUUGAUGAGUUAGCUAUCAUGAAUCGUAAAUAUGAAGAAGCAUCGAGAAAAUUGAAAGAUCAGUUGGUCGAGAGCAGGCUUCAGGUCCUAGAACUGAAAAAGCAACUUGUAGCGAAGCAAUGAGUUCAAGUAAAAGCACAGGAUUGAGGAAAUGUAAUCCAACUCAGAUUUGGGUGUCCCUGUUUAUAUGGAAAGAUUCUUAGACGCGUGAGGGCUAGGGAAAGUGCAACUCCUCUCUUAUCAUAUUUAUCUUCUAGUUUGCAUGCACUUUCCCUCAAUCAUGUGUAUUUUCUUGUUUGUGUGGUUUAAUCGUAUUUCUUUAACUUGCCAAUUAGAAUUUUCUCUUUUACUAGGAGGAAUUACAGAUUGUAGAACCAUUCAUCUUUGUUAUAAAGAGGACACAAUUGCUACUAGCAAUUAGAUAUCAAAGUGGAUGGCUUGGGGUGUGUCAGGAGAUUGAUUUUUUUUUUUGGGGGGGUUUUUUUAGCAACUUCAAGUCUCGUCAAUGACAUAUUACAAGAGUAAUUGUGACCUCUUUGCAUUAAAAAAUAAAUAGUCUCUUAUAUAUUUUUCCAUAAGCAAA